AAAAAAAUAAAAAAAAAACAUCUCUUAGCUUACCUUAGCUUACACAAAAAUGGCGAAGGUUAACGGUAAUGCGAAGCUUGGUACUACUGAAGAAAUGCUUCAGGCUCAAGCUCGUAUGUGGAAGGACACAUUCUCCUUCGUAUACACCAUGGCCAUAAAUUGCGCGGUCGAAUUGGGCAUCCCGGACAUCGUCCAUCGAUACGGUCGUCCCAUGCCACACUCCAAAUUAGUCGAGGAACUUCCCCUUGCCAAGUCGAAGGUACAAGACAUCCAUCGCAUAAUGCGCGUGCUCGUAUAUUCCAAAGUUUUCGUCAUAGACGAAAAGUCCGGAAACGACGAGCCGUAUUAUUCCCUGAGUCCAGCCGGGGCACUGCUUUUAAAGGAUGCGCCUAUGGCCGUGGCACCAUAUUUCCCGGUCAUGUUGAACCACGAGACGUUGAAAGCGUGGAGCCACAUUAGCAAAUGGUUUGUCGCCGGGGACGAGGAUUCGCCUUUUGAGACCGCGCACGGGAAGACACUUUGGCAAUGCUUCUCCGCGAGCGAUCCCAAAAUUGGCAACUCGUUCAACGAAAGUAUGUCAUGCGACACGAGGUUCGUGAUGUCCAUUUUGCUUAACGAGUACAAGCAUAUAUUCGAAGGGAUCGAUUUGCUCGUGGACGUGGGAGGGAAUGUCGGGACGGCCUUGAAAACAAUCCUCGACGUAUUCCCCGGCAUGAAAGGCAUUGUUUUUGAUCAAGAACGCGUCGUAGGCUCCUUGAAAGGGACACACAACUUGACCUACGUCGCCGGAGAUAUGCUCAAACAAAUUCCCCGAGGCGACGCUAUUCUCUUCAAGUGGAUAUUGCACGACUGGAACGACGACUAUUGUCAGACGAUUUUCAAGAAUUGCCGGGAAGCGCUACCGGAAGGAGGGAAAAUAAUAAUAAUCGACAUGGUACUUAGCGACGAUUACAAAGCGGACAACGACAACACGGACGUUGUCCGCGAAGCUCAAAUAUUGUUCGACAUGAUGGUAAUGACAUAUUUGGGAGGGAAAGAAAGAACCAAGAAAGAAUGGGAAAAGCUUUUUGCAGAUGCAGGCUUGACGAACUACAAGUUCAAUCAUGUCUUAGGGGCAAGAUCCGUUAUUGAGGUUUACGUUUGAAAUUAAUUACUAAUUUAUAAUUAAUUAAGUUAGUUUGGAUUGCGUACGUAUCAUCUUUACUUCAUUUUCCAUGAUUUGCAAUGUAAGAUUUACCAAGGUUACGAUGUUAUCCUUGGGAUGUAUGUUUCAAUCAACAAUAAAGUUAUUAUUUAUUACUA